AUGGGUCCGCUCCCUGAGAUCAUGGAAGCGGCGAGAAACAUGCAUACUGCACCGAUCAUACUCGAGCGUAUGCUACCGCAGACGAAGAUCGAUACUCCGGAUGACGAUUGGACUGGGCAGUCUAACCAAGCUGAAAGGAAGCGGCGGCAGAAUCGCUUAAACCAGAGAGCAUACAGAAAGCGUAAAGAAGCGCAGCUCUUGCAGGCUCACGUACAGCAUACCUCUUCAACCAACUAUCUUGUCGAAUCUGUCUUUCAGCCAGCCAACGAAGGUUAUAGAGCAGCCCAAGCAAUCAAGAGACAAGAACAAGCAAUCGACCUUGACCCUGAAGAUACAGGCCCGUGGCAAUCAUUCAGCACUGCCAUCGCAUCAACCCAACCCUAA